AUGAAAAGUAAGAUAAUCACUUAUUUUGUCUUAAUUACUCUUGCUAUGUCUUAGAUGACUCUUGUACGUGAAGAUCAAAUGAAUUUCUCUGUUUCUGAUAGUAAUUGGAAUUAUAGUACAACAUGUGAUUGGAUCUAAAGCACAACAAUAGUAUCACAAAUUGGUAGUUGUGCUACAAAUAGUUUCUAAUACUCUUUUGUGGGAUCAACUACUCGUAGAUCAAUGUAUACAGUUGGCAAUUUGCCACCUCAUUUUUAAGUUAAAAUCGUAAUGGAUGCAUAUUUUAUUGAUUCAGGAAAUGGUAUGAGUACUAUAGAAUAUGAUUGCAAUCCUUCCACCACAACUACAAAGUCUUUUUAAUAUAAAGACAAUGGUGCUGGAGGGAACAACAUCAAAAACUACUAAAAUGUUUGCAAUACAGGUUGGGGAAAUUUUCAGAUUUAGACCUAAAUUCUAACAUUUGUGCACAAUGAUAAUGAUUCAUUAUAAUUUAGAGUUUGUGCAACAUUAAAUGCUGGAAAAACGUUUGGAAUGAGAAGUUUAUAAAUAUAUGUUGAUCGUUGUCAUUGGUCUUGUCUAAAAUGUGAAACAAGCUCUGCCAUUGAUAAAUGCAAAGUCUGUUUUAAUAAUCCUACAGUGACUUUGGCAACAGCUGGCACUUGUACAUAAUGUCCCACAAAUUACCUUUAUAUAGAAUAUCUGAAUAGCUCAAAAGGAUGUUUUACUGAAUGUUAAUAUUAUAGAGUACCAGAUUCAAAUAAUGUAUGUUAAUUCAAUGAGAGUAAGAAGAUCUUUAUUUAUUAUAGAUAUGUUACCAUUUAAAACCUACUUAGAUACAACUACAUUUACUACAGCAUCUCCUUGGGUUUUUAUUCCUGAUCCUAUCAAUUUUAAUAUUGUCAAUGUUGAAAGAAUAUCUUAAAUUCCUUGUCAAACAACCAGAAAUUAUGUAGGCCCAUUUUAUUCAAAUGAGGGAUAUAAAUUAUAACUAUCAUUACCUUAUAAUAUCACUUAUAUUAGAUUUCGUGUAACACUUUUGAAAUUUGGAACUUGGGUAGAUUAUUCAACCAUAAGAAUACUUUUAGAUACUGAUGAAUAAGCUUCAAUCUAUACUAUUAGCAAUGCCAUUUUGAAUAGAAAUGGAUAAAUGUUAUUAACAGAAACAAAUUGCACAAGUCCUACAGUUACUUAUUACAGAUUGGAAGCAAAAUUAAGAAGUAGUGCCAUAUCUCCAGUUCUAAUAAUAUAGGGAAAUAUGGAGUAUGAUAUUUAAUCUAUUUAGUAAUAUUGGUGCUUAAUCUUGGGGAUUUAGAAAUGUCGUUUUAGAUAUAAUGAAAUGUUAAUCAUCAUGUUCUUGGUGUGAUUAUGAUUUAAAAUGCUAUGCUUGUUCUGCUGGAUUUUUGUAUAAGAAUAGAUGUGUACCUUCAUGUCCUCCUUAUUCAAUUGAAAGCCCUGGUAUAUGUACAGAUUUUGAUGAUCCUAUUCCAAGUUAUAAUUCUAUUUAAUUUAGACACUAAAUAUCUAAUUAAGGCCUUUUAUGAUUCUACUAAUACUACAGAUACAGAUAUACCUGCAAUUGUAGGAACUUCUUCAUCAGAUUCAACUGAUUUUUCUACCACCGAUACAUUCUCUGGAACGGCAGGAUCCAAAAUAUAUUUUAGUUAUUACUUAGGCAAAAGAGUUUUGGGAGGCCCUUUAGUUUGGAACAAAGCUGUCUUUACAUAGAAUUUCGUACUGAAUCCUCACUAUAAAUUCAGAAUCAGAUUUACUCUAGUUUUGGGAGAUGAUUUUGCUUCUUAGGGAGAUUUUCGUUAUACUGUUGGAGGAUAUCCUGAAACUACAAUUACUUAUGCAUAAGGAACAACUACUUUAAAUAAUGUUGGUGCUUUAACUAGUGAUAAAUAUAUAUAAGUAGAUAGAACAGAGAAUCACUUUACUAAUAGUUUUUAAAUAAUUUUAAAAUGCAAUACACAUUCAUCUCAAGCUAUUAACUAAGCCUUCUGUUUAAUAUAUGAUUACUAUAUUCUUAUCUUAGAAGUAAUAUAAUAUAAUUAUUAUAGUGUACUCAAUAUUGUACUGCAUGUACUGGUCCUACAUGGUUAGAAUGCACUAGCUAAUCUGGAUUACCAACAGGAAUGCUUACACCAUCAUCUUGUGUCGACUCUACUUAUUAUCUAGAUAAUUCAGUUACUCCUGCUGUAUGCAGAAAAUGCUCACCUACAUAUUGUUUAGAAUGUACAAAUCAAUAUAUAUGCACUAAAUGUGCAACCAAUUUUUAUUUAUCAAAUGGUAUUUGUUUAUGUUAUUCAUGGACCUAUUUAACAACAUCUAACACUUGUGCUAAUUGUCAUGAUUAAUGUUCUAGUUGUUAUGGUCCAGCAAAAAAUGAAUGUUUAUCAUGUAAAGAUUCACAACAUAGAUUUAUUAAUAAUAAUGUAUGUCAAUGUAAAAAUAACUAUUAUGAUGAUGGGAUAAAUAAUAAAUGUUAAUCUGUAUGUGGUGAUAUGGUUGUGACUGAUGGUGAAGAUUGUGAUGAUGGUAAUACAACAAGAUUUGAUGGAUGCAAUAAUUGUAAAUAUGAGUGUCAAAAGGAAUGCUCAAUUUGUGUAAAUGGAGGAUGUUCAGUAUGUUCUACUGGAUAUGUCUUGAAUUCAGCUAUGAAAUGGUGUAUUCCUUUAUGUGGAGAUAAUAUAAUAACAGGUUCUGAAUAAUGUGACAAUACUUACAAUUAUCCAACCAGUUAUUGUGAUAAUUGUUAAUUACAAUGUUAAACUCAAUGUCUAGAUUGUUAAUAAGGAUUGUGUUAUGAUUGUGAUACUACUUUAGGAUAUUAUGUGAAUUUGAGUAAUUUAAGAUGUGAAACUUAAUGUGGAGAUGGAAUUUAAGCAGGAGUUGAACUAUGUGAUGAUGGCAAUAUUACUCCUUUUGAUGGGUGUUAUAAUUGUUAAUUCUAAUGCGAUUAAUUUUGUAAUAUUUGUUUGUUAUCUACCUGUAUUAAAUGUUAAACAGGUUAUCAAUUAUAUAGUAAAACUAAUCAAUGUUUACCAAUAUGUGGAGACAAAUAUGUAACAUUAUUUGAAUCUUGUGAUGAUGGUAAUUUGAUUACAACUGAUGGUUGUAAUUAGUGUUAAUUCUAAUGUUAGGAUGAAUGCACAAAUUGUGUAUUAGGUUAAUGUUAUGAAUGCAAUACACCAGGUUUUAUAUUAAACUAAAAAUUAUUAAAAUGUGUUCCUAUUUGUGGAGAUGGAAUCAUAACAUAAUUUUAAGAAUAAUGUGAUGAUCUAAAUUCUGUAUUUGAAGAUGGUUGUUAUCAAUGUAGAUAUGAAUGUUAGAUUGAAUGUGCAGUUUGUGCUACAGGAAUGUGUUAUUCAUGUUAAACAAAUUAUUAUUUAGAUUCAAAUAAUUAUUGUGUUCCUCUUUGUGGAAAUGGAAUUGUUACAAAAAAUGAAUAAUGUGAUGACAAUAAUACACUUGCAGAUGAUGGAUGUGAUUCAUGUAUUUUCAAAUGUGAUAUAAAUUGUGAUUAAUGUAUCUUUGGAGUUUGCAAAAAAUGUAUAACUGGUUACAAUUUAAAUUAUAAUUAAAAAAAAUGUACUUCAAUAUGUGGUGAUGGAAUUAUCACAAAAGAUGAAUAAUGUGAUAAUAUCUAGACUGAAGAAUUUGAUACUGAAAUAGAAUGUAUAAACUGUUAAUUAUAAUGUCAAUAAGAAUGUGAAUUUUGUGUAUUAGGAUAAUGUUAGAGAUGUAAAGAAUCUAACGGAUAUUAUUUAGAUUCAGAAACUGGCAUUUGUGUUAGUAUUUGUGGGGAUGCUAUCGUAAGUUAAAAUGAAUAAUGUGAAGAUUAGAACUCACAAUUAUUUGAUGGUUGUCAAUAGUGUUUAUAAGUUUGUGAUGAAGAAUGUAUUGAUUGCAGAUUUGGAAUUUGCUUCAGUUGUAAUAAUGGUUAUUAAUUAAUCAACUAAAAAUGUAUCUCAAUAUGUGGAGAUGGAAUUGUAACCAAAGAUGAAGAAUGUGAUAAUGGUGUAGAUAAAUUUAAAAUGGAUGGAUGUAUCAAUUGUAAAUUUGAAUGUUAUGAGGGUUGUAAUUAAUGUGUUAAAGGGUAGUGUUUAGAAUGUAAAAAUGAUAAGGGAUGGUAUAUGAAUUAACUAGAUUAAUAAUGUAAUUCAGAGUGUGGAGAUCUGAUUGUAACUAAUUUGGAAAUGUGUGAUGAGAAUUCAAAUUUCUGUGAUUCAUGUUUAUUAGUUUGUGAUGAAAAUUGUAUCUAAUGUACAUUAGGUAAAUGUUCAAAGUGUUAAAAUGGAUAUUAUCUUGAUUAGAAUAUAUGUACAAGUAAGUGUGGAGAUCUAAUUUAAAGUAAAAAUGAAUAAUGUGAUACUGAUGAUCUUAUUCCAUUUGAUGGUUGUUAUUAAUGUGAAUACUCAUGUUAAAUUUAAUGUAUCACUUGCUUUAAUGGAGGAUGUAUAGAAUGUGAUGAGUUAAAUGGUUGGUAUUUAGAGAAUGAAUAAUGUAAAACUAUAUGUGGAGAUGGAAUCAAAACUGGCGAUGAAGAAUGUGAUAUAGAUAUAAAUAUAGAUUAAGGGAACAUAUCAUUAAAUAAAUGUUUUGAUUGUAAGAUACUUUGUGUAGAAUAUUGCAAAGUUUGUGAUAAAGGUAAAUGUACUUAAUGUAUUGAUGGUUAUGAAUUAAAUGAUUAGAAUGAAUGCAUUUUAUUAUGUGAUAAUUAAUAAUCACAUUUAAAAUAAUGUGAUGAUGAUAAUUUAGAUCCUUUUGAUGGAUGUUUUUAAUGUAAUUAUGAAUGUGAGGAUUUAUGUUAAAGUUGUGUUAAAGGAGUUUGUUUAUAUUGUAAAACCGGCUAUAAAAUCAACAAAAAUGGAUAGUGUGAAUCAAUAUGCGGAGAUGGUUAAAUAACUGAGGUAGAAUUUUGUGAUGAUGCUAAUAAUAUUGAAUUUGAUGGAUGUUAUUAAUGUAAAUAUUCAUGUCCUUAAUAUUGUAAGACUUGUGAGAAAGGACAAUGCAAGGUUUGUGAAAAAGGAUACCAUUUAGAAUAUUUAAAUUGUAUUACUGAUUGUACAGACUUAAUUCUUUAGUAAAGUGAACCAAAAUGUCAAAUUUUAUAAUGUUAAAAUGAAUGUGAAGUUUGUGUAAAUGGAUAGUGUUAUAAAUGUAAGUAAGGAUGGUAUUGGAAUAAAAUGAAAUUAAAUUGUGAAAGUUUAUGUGGUGAUAAUUAAAUAAUUGGUGAAGAAUAAUGUGAUUAUACAUCUAAAUUAGGUUAAAUUAAUCCUAAAUGUAAUAAUUAUUGUAAAUUUGAAUGUCCUGAUGAUUGUUUAUAAUGUGAAUUUGGAGUUUGUAAGAAAUGUUAAGUAGGAUACUUUCUAAGAGGUAACAUAUGUUAUAGUUAAUGUGGAGAUUUGCUGAUUAAUUAAAAUGAAUAAUGUGAAGAUAAUAAUUUAUCACCCUUUGAUGGAUGUUAUUAAUGUUCUUUAGAUUGUUAGGUUUCAUGUCAAAUAUGCAUUUAAGGAACAUGUGAAAAAUGUUAGAUUGGUUAUGAAUUAAUAGAAAAUAAUUGUUUAUCAAUAUGUGGAGAUGGAAUAGUGACUUAAGAUGAAUAUUGUGAUGAUAAAUUUGAUAGUUCAUUGAGUUGUGAAUAAUGUAAAUUUUCAUGUGAUAAAAAUUGUUAAUUUUGUUAAUAUGGAAGAUGUAUAUUCUGUAAAAAAGGAUUUGAAUUAAAGAAUAACUUUUGUUAACCUAUUUGUGGAGAUGGGUUGAUUUCUGGUUAUGAAUAAUGCGAUGAUGAAAACUUAUUAGCAGAAGAUGGAUGUUUUGAAUGUAGAUAUUCAUGUUAACAUUAAUGUUUAAAUUGUUAUAAUGGAUAUUGUUUGGAAUGUGAUAUAGAAAAUGGUUGGUAACUUACUCCAUAAGGAUAAUGUAUAUCAGUUUGUGGAGAUUUAAAAGUAACAGGUAAUGAAUAAUGUGAUGAUGGUAAUGAAAUUAAUUUUGAUGGAUGUUUUAAUUGUUCAUAUAUUUGUUAAGUAGCAUGUACAAAGUGUUUAUCAGGAUCUUGUUAUGAAUGUAAUACACCUGGUUGGAGAUUGGAGAAUUUUUUCUGUUGGGAAAUCUGUGGAGAUGGAUUACAAGUUGGAAUUGAAGAAUGUGAUGAUGGUAAUGAUAUACCUUAUGAUGGAUGUUUUGAAUGCAAAUCUUAAUGUGAAGAAGCAUGUGUUUUAUGUGAAGCUGGAAAAUGUUUAGACUGUGCUUUUGGUUGGAAAUUGAAUGCCUAAAAUAGAUGUGAAACAUAUUGUGGAGAUGGUUAUGUUAUACCUUAAUAUGAAGAUUGUGAUGAUGGUAACCUCAUACCUUAUGAUGGUUGUUAUGAAUGCAAUUAUUAAUGUGUAUAAUUUUGUACAAACUGUCAAAAAGGCAUUUGUUAUGAAUGUAAUGUUCCUGGAUGGUAGAUUUUAGAAUUUUAAUGUAUUCCAAUUUGUGGAGAUGGAGUAAUCAAUGGUAAUGAACAAUGUGAUGAUGGUAAUUUAAUUGAAGCAGAUGGAUGCAAUAAUAAAUGUGAAUUUUAAUGUCAUGCAGCUUGUUUGUUAUGUGAAAAGGGUAUUUGUUUGGAAUGUGAUGCAUAUUAAGGAUUCUCUGAAUAUCUAAAUUAAUGUGCUUCUAAAUGUGGUGAUGGAUUAUGGGAACCAUUAACAGAAUAAUGUGAUGAUGCUAAUAAUAUUGAUUUUGAUGGAUGUUCUAAAGAUUGUAAAAUUGAAAUAGAUUGGUUUUGUUAAAAUCUUUAAUUACUUGUUAGUAAUUGUUUUUAUGAAAAAUAACCUACUAUAUAACUAGAUCUUAUUGAUUAAUAAGAUAAUAUAUCAACUAUUUAAAUUUCAUUUUCUACUAAAAUGAUGCUCAGUACUAAUAAUGAAUCAUCUAAAAUAUUCUUGGAAAAUUAAAUUGAAGAUGAAAUUGCUAAUACUAAAAAUAUCAAUGUCAAUUUAAUUGAUUUAAAAAUAGAAGAUUUAAGUGAAAAUUACUAUUCAUACACUAUUAAUUCAAUUACACCUAUAAAUUAUGAACCAACUCUUGUUAUUUAUCUUGCCUAAAUUGAACUCAAAACUACUAUUCCAUCUGAUAAAAUUAAUGUAAUAUUUAUAGUCAAUAAUAAAAUUAUUGUUUCUGAAAAUAAAACAAAAUUAAUUAAAAAUGUAGAAUCAAUCUAAAUACCUACAUAAAUUUAUAUCAGCUAAUCUACUGAAAAAGUUAUAAAAACAUUCUCAGAAUUUUAAACUUUUUAAUCAUAUUCAUUUUUAACCAUAUCAUUAAUUAGUGUAUUUACAAGUGGUUAUUCAAAUUUUUAUAUGGCAUGUGAUACAUUAUAGUAUCUCUACUAUUCUAGAUAUAUUAACUUACCUUUCCCUGAUAAUUUAUAAUAAUAUCUGAAUAGUCUCAAAGAAUCCCAACUAUCUAAUAUUGCAACUAAAAAAUUGGGUAUAUCUGUAAUGAAUUUUGAUGAUAAUUAAAACACUAAUACAGAGAAUGAUUAAAUGCCUCAAAGUUUUUCAAAGGAUUAUCUAACUUAUGAUUUUUUAAACAAUGCAUCCACCAGUUUAACAAUCUUUUCCAUUAGUUUUGCUGUCUAUUAUUCAUCACUUAUUGUUUCUAAGAUAUUACAUCACAUUACUCCAUCUACACUUAAUAGUUUAGGCUCUAUUGUAGGAGGGUCAAUCCUUACUGUUAGAUAGAAAUGUACAAAAUUUGUUAAUAAUUUUGCAUUUUCUGGAAUCAUCAGAGUAUUAACAAUUAAUUUUUACGAACUUGCAUUUUCAUCAUUACUCCAAUUAUCUCACAUUAAUUUUAAUGAUACUAAAAGUGUAAUCAAUAAUAUAGGAGCUAUAGUUACAUUACUAUCAUAGUUUGCAUUUAUUGGUGUUCUAUUUCAUAAAAUUCAAUAGAUUUAAACUAAAAAAACAACUGAUUUCAAAUCUUCGAUAAAAACGUUAUUUUAAUAACAAGAGGGGUUACAACAUCAAAAAAUGUGGGUUAUGCAAUAUAAUACAGUAUUAUUAGUAAAAAAAAUGUUCUAUAUUUAUGUAAUUGUAGGUAUGUAAUAAUCAGGCCUUUAUCAAACAAUUGCUGUUGCUUUAUAAGCAUCAAUUUUUUGUUCAUACUUACUAGUAUAAUAGCCUUUUUCUAAAAUUGAUGAUUUAAGAAAAGCUUUAGUAACAGAAUCUGGUAUGUUUUUAAAUAGUUUAUCCUUUAUUCUUUAUUCAGUUUACUAAUAAUUUUAAUUUAAUCAAGAAACAUUAUUUUAUUUAGGAUGGAUAAAUAUAGGAACAUACACUAUUAUCGUAAGUUCUAAUACAUUGAUAGAUUGUUUUGCUUAAUUUAAAAUAGUUUAUUCAAAGAUUAAGAAGGCAUUCAAUAAUUUUAUAUAAUCAUAACUACCCUCAUAAUCAAGAAUUUAGCCCAUUUUUAUAUGA